AUGGAAGCCCCUGUUGGACUUGGACUUUUGGACUUGGUGACCCUGGAGCAAGAUGUGGAGCCAUACAUCAUGGACUGGCCAGUCUUGGCCACAGAAGAGGAUGGCGAGCCGGAAGUAGCCGCACUUGUGGUCGCAAAAAGAGAUGGUGGCUUUCUAGCAGCUGUUCCAGUCGGCUUCAUACCCGAAGAGGUUUUGGCAGCCGGCAAUGCAGAAAGCCCCAUUGGACUUGUGGGCCCAUCGACAGUGCUUCAGAUCCCCGGGGUGAUCAUCGAAGAUGGGCGUUUGGCCCCAACUGGGACCCUCCUGACGGUCGUUGUAGUCGAUCUGGGAGAGGACGCAGUUGCUCAGAUGAGGCGGCCAGAAGCCUUGGAAGUUUAUCCCUACAGCUUCGAUGCCGAUCAGCCUUUUGCAAUCCCCUCCCCUCAAGAACUAUUAGCUGCUGCUCGGGCGUGGGUAGCGGCAGAUGCAGAGAGUUCAGUGCAGCUCUACUUCUCAGCCGAGGGCGAGGCGGAGGAUCUUGCCGAUGGAACCCCAGAAGGAGAUCAAGAUGGACGGCCGUCAACACCCCGCCCGAAAAGAGGGGCGCGUCCUCCGCCUGGGCGAGAGAAGCCUUCCGGAGGAGGAAAGCGGCACACUGUGGCCUCUCUUGCCGCUUCAGUGGAGGAGCUCCUCAAGAUGAAUGCCGGCCUGGCUCAGACAGUGCAGACCAUUGCAGGGCGUCAGCAAGAAUUAGAGAGGAGGUCAGUUCAGCAGUUGCCUCAGAACCAGACCCCUCACACCGUCUUGCGCCAGCCUUUAUCAACUUCAGCUGCAGUGCCACAUGCCCCCCUGGGUGCCCUGAUGAAACAGCUUGGGACUCCACCUCGAACUCAAGCACCUACAGCCUCGGGACUGUUGUCAUCUCCGCAGUUUCAACCAGCAGACCUUCUCGAGCUCGAGGACGAGAAGAAGCCCAAAGACCAAGGUACCUCCUCCGACCCUUUGGCCCAGGCGGUACUUGCCCAGUCUCAGGCGCUGACGGCACUUGUGAGCCAGAUAGCCCAGCAAGGAGGCGAUCCAAUGUUGGAGCUGAACAGUGUUGGAGCAACAGCAGGAACACGUGGAGCUCAAGGCCGCGCCCGACUUCAGCAGGAGCUGGCUGCGCAGAAAGGCUCCUUCUUCCAGUCGGUCUUGGCGUCGAUGGCUCGGCGUAUGCAGCCGACAGCUUCGGCCGAGGGCUCACCUCAGGAGCUUCUAGACCGUGGAGUGUGUGGCACCAGGUAUUUAGAACGCUUUGGAGGCUUUGCCAAGGUCAGGGAAUUGGGAUGCCUGCAACAACAAGUGAUGUCCAUUAUGGAUUGCCUCCAGGCCUCGAACCUGCAAGCGGCCCGGGACCAGACGGCUUUGUUGGCGGUCACACUGGAUCAGGCGGCUUUGGAUCAGGGCCGUUUCGAGCUGGCAAACCUAUUGUGCUUGCAGGAGGAGCCUCCGUCGACGAUCUUCACGAGCCGUCAGACAAACGUGCUGAAUCGUCCACGGGCCUUCUCGCCUUUAGCGGAUCAACGAUGGGUGACGGUGGCUCUGGCGUAUAUAAAAGAAUUGGACGUGAUCACUUCGAAGAGGCUGGAACUUACAAACCAGUCUCGGCCAGGGACAUUCUCAGCCGCCUCCACUGGAAGCGACAGCACCCCAGCACCGAGUGCCAAAGCAAAGCAGCAGCCAAAGAAGAAGGGAAAGGGAGGCGGGUCACGCACAAAGCUUGCCUUCUGCCUCGCCCGUUCCUUUGCUGCCAAGUGUCGUUCUCCUCUGACGACUUCCACAGUCUUCCCUCUGCCCCUUCCGUCUUUGGACUGUUUUGGUGGUAGUGGCCCAAAUCUCUCCAAACGUCGCUUGUGGUCCCUUGCCAAAACUCGUCUGCUCAACGUCUGGGUUCUGGUUUUGGACUUUCUUUACCUUGGCCGUUGGCCCACCUUGGAAGAGAUGCGGAGGUCCCCCUCUGCCGUGCAGCUUGAUGUCUUUGCUCGGCUUCGGACUAUGUUGACUGUGUGUGGUGAUGCCCAGGACAGCUUCCCUCUGUGCCCCGGCAGAACCGGCCCUGAGCUUGGUGCUCAACUGUUUCAGCUUGAAGCUUUUUGUGAUCGUUGCCCUGACCUGCAUGAUGGUUAUCUUGCCUGUGACAGCCAGCGACAACCUGAAAGGAAAGCCUGUCCCGAAGACCUGUCUUGUAGCCGAUGGGAUGCUUUGGUCAUUGAUGACUAUUUUUGCCUAGGCUCAGAGCGCCUGAAUGCACCCGCCAGUAGCAGUUUUGCAUCCGAGAGUCUCCAGCGUGCCCACCAAGCUUACGAGUCCGACCAACUCCUAGGUUCCCCUGAGAAAGACAUUUGGUCCGAAACUUGCCUAAAAGCCGCUGGAGCUGAGAUCAGGUCAAAUCAGAAGAAUGUGCGCCUUGGAUUCGUGCCUGUCUCAUCCCCCCUGGCGAAGCGCUUGGCUCUGUCUGUCCUGUCAAUACGUGCAGCUGCCCUACCUGGACUUUCUUCCGGUGUGUGUGCACGUCUGGCAGGAAACUGGGUUUCGGUCCUGCAGUUUCGGAAGUGUUGGUCCUCUGUGAUUGACGGUCUCUUUCAGCUUGCGUCCAAGUGCCUCAGUGACCCUCAGCAGAUGUUCUGUCUUUCCAGGUCAGUUGCUCAAGAACUUAUCAUGCUUGCCGCCGUUGCCCCUCUGAUCACCAGCAACAUAGCCGUUGAUUACCUUGGAUCAAUCUUUGCGACUGAUGCCUCCAAUCGGAAGGGUGCAAUUGUGCGAGCUGAAAUCCCGCAGGAUACCCAAGAGGCGCUGUGGUUGGACGCUGACCGGAAAGGAUGCUAUACACAGCUUGAUCACCCUUUCCGAGCCCUGCUGCGUCAGAUCGGUGAGUUCGACGCAGAUGAAAGCCUCACUUCUGAUGCCUAUCAUGAGGGCCCCGUGAAGUCUCCUUUGCUGUACUUUGACUUUGUGGAGAUUUGCGGAGGAGCUGGAAAGGUUGCGGCUGCCUUGGCUGAUAUGGGUUUUGUCUGUGCCCCCAAUCUUGACCUUUCAGAAUCAUGUCAUUACGAUUUGGCUUCGUUGCGGUUUCUGGAAUGGAUCAUCUACAUGAUUGAGGAGAACAGGUUUAAGGCAUUCCUCAUUGAACCACCUUGCACCAGCUUCAGCCCUGCUGCUCACCCUGCCGUCAGGUCCUACCGUGAGCCUCUUGGAUUUGAUCGGCUCAACCCAAAGACUUUGCAUGGGAAUGUCUUGGCUUUCCGGUCGUUGGUUCUCUUGCGUGUUGGUCGUCGGCACCGUCGCCCUUGUGGACUUGAACAGAGCCGAUUGAGCAAGAUGGCCUGGCUUAGCACUUGGAUCAGCCUUCGCAGUCAAGGGUUCAGUGAAGCUGUGAUUGCAUCUUGCCGGUUUCAGUCGAUACAUCGGAAGGAGUUCAGGUUCCUGUGCUACUUGCUGGACACGGAGUUCCUUGACUGCAGAUGCUUGGGAGGUCACUCGCAUGUCAAGGUUGAAGGAGCAUACACAAAACCUUCAGCCGUUUACACUGAUGCUUUGGCCUUGCAUAUAGCCUCCGCCUUCCGACAAGCCCUGCGCCGCUUGACCGCAGAAGACCUUCUCAUGCCAGAUGUCAGCGGCCAUGAAACAGUUCUUUCGAAUGACCUGAUGCUGUCGUCCAAGUGGGAAGUCGUCCGGGCCUGGUUUUGGAAACAUCAGGGGCACAUCAAUGUCUUGGAAUUGUCCUCAUCCGUCUCCAAUCUUGUCUCUGUUAGUAAGUCCCAGUCGUCCGUGCGGUUUUGCAGCCUUGUGGACUCAGCUGUUUGCAAAGGUGCCCUCAGCAAAGGAAGGUCCUCCUCUAGGGCUCUUCAACCUCUGUUGAAGCGCUCCUGUGCUGUCUGUGUUGCCCGUGACCUUUACCCGGGUUGGAUCUACACUCCCACUCGCCUCAACUGCGCUGAUGACCCAACCCGUGACCAGAUCCUCAGGUCUCCUCUUGGUCAUUCUUUGUCAAGAUCUGGAGUUCCCCUUGGCUUGCUGCGCCUUCUCAACCUGUCCGGUUUUCGCCGCUUUGCUUCAAAUUGGGUUCGACUUGUCCUGUUCUUGAUUUUCUCGCCUGUCGGAGCACGAGCGGUGACCCGCGCUGGUAACCAUUUGGUCUGCACGAGGGCCGUGCGACAACAGACGAUUGAGAAGCGCAAGGUUUAUCUGGACGGUUUUCGAUCUUGGCUGAUCAGGGAGAAAGGGGUUUCGUUCAAGCAGCUGAUUGAGUUGAAGCCGCCCGACCCCGAGCGCAUCACUGAUUUGCUCAUCGACUACGGCCGUGAGCUCUAUGCAGCAGGUGAUCUUGAGCAGAACGCCGAAAGGAAUGGGGAUGACGGUGUUUUCUCUGCUUCAGCCAACAAUUACCGUGCUGAAGCAUGA